GAACGAAUUUGGCCCAAAGGCCAGGGCGACUGACCUUUCAUUUCGAAUAAAAACAAAGGUCCCAUGCCAAGAAUCCGGAGCCAGUUUUAUCCACAAGGAAGGCGUGGCUGCUUGAGCACCACCCAAACUAGCUCAAUAUCGUCGGGAAGGCGAGACACAGAGCUAGAAGCAGAACAGAAGAGGCACGCAAGCGUGAGAAAGAAGCGAGAGACAUGGCGGAGGAGGGGAAGGUGAUCGCGAUCCACAGCCAGGAGCAGUGGAGCACCAAGAUCGAGGAGGCUGGCAGCAGCACGAAUCUGGUGGUGAUCGACUUCACUGCAACAUGGUGCGGACCAUGCCGCUUCAUUUCUCCAAUCUUAGAUGAGAUUGCCAAGAAGCUUCCAAAUGUUAUGUUCCUGAAGGUGGAUGUUGAUGAAAUGAAGUCAAUUGCCGAGGAGUUCAGUGUUGAGGCUAUGCCGACGUUUGUGCUCAUGAAGGAAGGAAAGGUGGUGGACAAGGUUGUGGGAGCUGCCAAGGAGGAGCUGAGCGGGAAGAUUGCCAAGCACAGUGCAACUGCAUGCGCUAAAUAAAAUGGUCCUUCAACUCUAAAUUCGAGAAUAAGAUGUGUGUCAGCCGCUGCUUGCUACUACCGCUCAACUCAUGGAUAAGCUGGCACCGGUGCAGAUAGAGUACGUAAUGUAAUGUUAAACCCUGUUAAUCGCGCGGCGCACACGUACUGGCGACAAACUGUAUGUGAUGAUAACAUCGGUCCACGAAUAAAAAAGAAACCCCGUGUGCCCAAGGUUCAA